AUGUGUCUCUCUACCCCCUCGACGGCCAGCAAUAUCGUCUCGAAGGUAGCAUCCCGCCAGGUGUUCUCUUUUCUCUAUCCCGCCGACUUUUUUACAGCCUUGCAUCCUCACUCACGGCGAAAUCGACAUCGAGCUCCCUUGCAGAUGGUUUCAGCCACAGCUCCGCAACUCGAAGCAUGGUUUAUCGAGUCCCUGGCCAGUGCUGGCCAAUGUCAGAAGCACAAUCCCAAAAUCCUCCAGCCAACUACGUUCUUCCCCUCGCAGAGACCAGACGUAGCUAUCAAAAGGAGACAAGUACACAAUGUUAUCUUUAGCCGGCCAAAAUCUACACGGGAUGCGAAGCCCGGGGGGGAAGAUUCCGUGCAGGAACCGAACUUGACGAAAGAAGAGCUCAUGGAUUUGGUGGACCAAUAUGAUGGAGAGUCACUUACGGACCAGUUACCGCUGUUAGAGAUGCCAAAUCUCUAUCAGCCUAAUGACGGCCCUCAUGUCACUGUGUCUGAUAGGCCGGAGGAUGAAUGGCCGCCUCCAAAUUAUACCUGGCCUGCGGAUGCCGAGACGAAAAUCAAACUUGCUGAGUUGGAGGCUGCAGUAAAGCAGAAAGACUUGUGUCUGGAUGCGGAGGAUCUGUACCAGCUCUACAGAACGCUUCCAAGACCGCGUGCUCCAUAUCUCCCUGCAAAGCUCCGACACACAUUUCUUCGUCAUUUAUAUACUGUGGAACGAAAAGAUGAGACUUCUAUGCUCCGAUAUCUUUCUGUAGUAGAUGACAUGAAAACUGGAGGCAUACCAUUGACCACCAUGGAGUGGAAUAGCGCCAUUUCGUUUGCUGCUCGCUAUGUAAACAGGUCAACGGAUGUUGAAGUCGAGGCCGCAUUGCAUAUGUUUAGAGAAAUGGAACAUGUAGCAGGUGUCAAAGCAAGUGGCGUUACUUUCAACAUACUCUUUGAUGUUGCCUGUAAAGCUGGUAAAUUUACACUUGCUGGGAUGAUCUAUAAGGAGAUGGCAGCUCGCGGCUUCGAGUUUGAUCGAUUUCACCAUGUCAGCUUGAUCCAAUAUCACGGGCUUAUGGGAAACGGGGAUGGUGCUCGAGCCGCCUACAAAAUCCUUGUGGAAUCUGAUGAGAUUGUUGAUACUGUUGUGCUCAAUGCUAUGAUAUCAGCUCUCGUCGGGGCAGGCGAAGCCACUGCUGCAGAAAAUAUCUACGAACGAAUGAAGAGAAUACAUAUGAGCCGGGAUUCAGAUGCUCCAUUACAACCCCGCAAUUUCCUCGCAAAGCGUAGAAUCGCUAGGGUGCUCAUAAACAUGGCCAAAAUCUCAAGACUCGAUCCGACGAAAAGGGACCAGUUCCAGAACAAGUCUAUCAUAGCUCCAGAUAUCCAGACGUACCGGAUCCUAAUCAACUACUUCACUAUCCAAGUCGGCGACCUCAACAAAACAGUCAAACUGAUGGAUGAGAUGAAAUGGUUUAACGUCCCUAUCCAUGGGGCGCUGUUCCUUUCCCUCUUCAAAGGCUUCUAUCUUCACGGCGGCAUACGAUACACGCACUGGGUUGAGACACGACUUGAGAGCGUCUGGCAAGCUUACAUCUUUGCCAUAGACAACGACAUCGGAGACUUGUAUAUAUCUCAGUGGAUGGUCGCAUGGAUUCUCAAGGCUUUCGCGAAGUGCUCGGGAAAGGCCAGGACGGCUGCUGUGUGGGCCGAGAUCAAGACGAAAUGGCAGCCAAAUGAGAUGGAGCUUGAGUUUGUGAUGGACUGUUUGAGGCCGCUUAUGGAGGGCCCGGAUGCGGCGGAAAAGAAGCAUAAUUGGUUACUAGGCUCAAGAGUGUAA